AUGGGUCGUAGAAGAAGCAAGAGGAAACCUCCAGCGAAAUCCAAGACAAUUCAACCACUGGAGACACAAUUCACUUGCCCAUUCUGUAACCACGAGAAGUCCUGCGAAGUAAAAAUGGAUAGAAAUCGAAACACAGGAAUAAUCACAUGCCGGGUGUGUUUGGAAGAUUUCCAAACACAGAUUACCUAUCUUUCGGAGGCAGUUGACGUGUACAGUGACUGGAUAGACGCAUGCGAACAAGCGAAUCAGUAGUAGCAGUGGCUAAUAGAUAUACAAUAUUAUAGUUAGUUAUCAAUUUUUGAAUGUAUGAAACGUCUCGAUUAUUGAUGUCUCUCUUGCGAGGAUUAUCAUGUUGACAAUGCUUGUGACUAGUGCACCUGUGUAAAUAUAGUGAAGUCUUUGCUGGUGCAUCCAUCCACUUGUGUGCGCGAGAUGAUCUUAUAGAUGGAGCAGAACACCUUUGUAAGACAUUUGUGUGCCAAAGCAAUUUAUUUUAUCGCUUAUCUUA